AUGUUCCGGCAGAUCAACAUGUUGACUCUUCGUACCCUUUGGCUUGGGGCUACGGUCGGUGCAAGUAGGUUCCUUGAGGCAAUGGCCAUGGAGUUUACGAAAGGCCAGCCGAAUCUUCAGAAGCUGAACGUCAGAAUGGCUGCGAUCCAGACACCAGAGCUUGCAACUAGUCUACUCCUGCUUCUAAACAGCUUCUACGGCCUGAAGAUGCUCACGAUACAUCGUACCGACUGCGACAAGAUCGAUGUUGAUAGUCUGGUCCACCACGGAGAAACUUUGGAAACACUUUCUAUCGUCAACGGAGGAAUACAUCGAAGAGACGUGAACAAAUGCUUCGAUGCUUCAGACAUGCAAAAUAUUGCUACAGGCUGCCCAAAUAUUCGCCAGCUGUGCCUGAAUCUUUAUGAAAUUGCUGGAGACGAGAACGAGGACGACAUACUGGGGCCACGGCAAGGUGUACCUUAUACGCCAAACGAGUUCGAGCAGGCUCUCACAGCGAUCGCGGGCAUGCCUAAGCUCCGCAUCCUCCGCUUUACCAACCCGCCAAAUUACCGCAAGGCGUACUUCCGCAACGGAGAGCUCGCACGCUUCUUCCAUCGGAACCUCCAAAUGGGUCUAGAGCGCUACAGCUUCCAGGCACGUGCCGACGGUAUCAUGCAGUAUCUGGGAGAGCAUGGAUCUGACCUCAAAGUUCUGGCACUAUCUCCAAUUGGAGUCACAGAGAAGGUCACCCUCGCGGACGAACAUGGACACACCUGGCCGCACUACUACUACUAUCGAGGACGAAUGACGGAUCACAAGGGCACUGAUGUGGCUAUCGCAAGGCCUUUGAGGAGUUGGAAGGACGAAUGCCCUGACGCCUUGGUUCUGGAGGAUGUUUAG